AAGAAAAAUUUCGAAUCAUUCAGCAAGAAAAUUUCGUGUACGAUGCACAUGCAUUAAAUUCGUAUUUUUUAUUUUAUUUAUUUUUCACAUUUUUUUUAUAUGACCAAUUGAGUUGAAAUUUUAACUACCUUUUUCUCUUUGGGACUAAAUUAUUCGUGAAUAGCUAAUAUGAGGGAAAUCGUCCACAUCCAAGCCGGGCAAUGCGGGAACCAAAUUGGAGCUAAGUUUUGGGAGGUGAUAUCUGAUGAACACGGCAUCGAUCCGACUGGCACUUAUCAGGGAGACUCUGACUUGCAGCUAGAACGCAUCAACGUGUACUACAAUGAAGCUUCCGGUUCCAAGUACGUCCCACGCGCGAUCCUAGUGGACUUGGAACCUGGUACUAUGGACUCUGUACGCUCAGGCCCGUUUGGGCAAAUCUUCCGCCCAGACAACUUUGUGUUUGGACAGUCUGGAGCUGGAAAUAACUGGGCUAAAGGACAUUAUACAGAAGGUGCGGAGUUGGUCGAUCCAGUUCUCGAUGUAGUACGAAAAGAAGCUGAGGGUUGCGAUUGCUUACAAGGAUUCCAGCUAACACAUUCUCUAGGCGGCGGAACGGGUUCAGGAAUGGGUACCUUAAUCAUAUCGAAGAUAAGGGAAGAGUAUCCUGAUCGUAUUAUGAACACGUUUUCCGUCGUACCAAGUCCUAAAGUCUCGGACACAGUUGUUGAACCGUACAACGCAACUCUAUCAGUCCAUCAGCUAGUUGAAAACACAGAUGAGACGUACUGCAUAGAUAAUGAGGCGCUAUACGAUAUAUGCUUCAGGACACUGAAGCUGAUCACUCCAACGUACGGGGAUUUGAAUCAUUUGGUUUCAGCGACUAUGUCUGGUGUCACAACUUGUUUGCGGUUUCCGGGGCAGCUGAAUGCGGAUUUACGGAAGCUCGCUGUUAAUAUGGUGCCGUUUCCGCGGUUGCACUUCUUUAUGCCAGGGUUUGCUCCACUAACAUCUAGAGGAAGCCAGCAAUAUCGUGCGUUGUCCGUUCCUGAGUUGACUCAACAAAUGUUUGACGCUAAAAACAUGAUGGCUGCUUGCGACCCCCGUCAUGGACGCUAUUUAACAGUGGCUGCAGUCUUCCGUGGUCGUAUGUCUAUGAAAGAAGUAGACGAGCAAAUGCUGAAUAUCCAGAACAAGAACAGCAGCUACUUUGUGGAAUGGAUACCUAAUAACGUAAAGACGGCUGUAUGCGACAUUCCUCCACGUGGUUUGAAGAUGUCUGCUACCUUCAUAGGGAAUACUACUGCUAUCCAGGAGCUGUUUAAGAGGAUAUCCGAGCAGUUCACGGCUAUGUUUAGGCGAAAAGCGUUUCUGCAUUGGUACACUGGCGAAGGUAUGGAUGAAAUGGAGUUUACUGAAGCCGAGAGCAACAUGAAUGACCUGGUCUCCGAAUACCAGCAGUACCAGGACGCUACAGCUGAUGACGAAGGGGAAUUUGAUGAGGAACUUGAAGAGUAAUGUUUGUUUUGUCCAAUGUUGUGAUUGUUUAGAUUCGUGUCUGUCAUGUUUAUUGUAGGCGUACCAGUUUUGAUGUUUUUACUUUAUUUGAAAAUGUUUUAAAUAAAAAUAUGCAUACU